AUGGUGUGCCGCGGUAUACCAAUCAAGGCCUGUGAAAACUGCAGGACGGCAUAUAAAAAGGCAGGCAACAUAGGCAGUGCCUGCUUCGUCGAGAAUCUAUCAAUCCAUGAUCCAAACUUUCCCUCCAAGAGCAGCUACCGCGCCUUUAUGCUGCAUACCAUGACUGGCCAUUUGUGUAUGCCCUCGGCAUGGGGUACUCAUGUGUACGGGGCGCUGGCUCUUCUUAAGCUCCAGACAACUCACGUUGACUCUCCCCUAUUCCGCAGUAUGUACUUCUUUGUCCAGAAGAACGUGAUCUGUCAACCUGUUGAUGAAAUCUUCACUCAAGGGCUUCCUUCUUCAUGUCAUGACCCGGAGAUCCGCCUGUUUUCAAUAGCAGCUGGCAUACCACGGCUUCAACACCAAAGUAUCGAUCUUACACAACUCAGGGCGAACGAUAUAGAAAGAAUAUUCUACGAUGCUAAUGAGUUGGAUUUCCUCCUGUCUAAUUGGACUAAAGGACUUCCGAAUGCUUGGUCUUACGCCACUGCACUGAACAUCAACAGUGAUGCAUGCUCAGAAUACUCUCCGCAAAGCGUUCACAGAUAUGCUCACUUUUACACGGCUCGCGUAUGGAACUUCUAUCGUGUCUCGCAGCUUAUCCUUCUUUCAAUUCAACUUCGCGCCUCCUCUAUCCUACCUGCAUCAUCAGAUACCAGCCAGAUCAGAAAGCGAAUGGCUACAUUGGUGGAUGAUAUAUGCGCAACUGUGCCUUAUCUUCUGGGCAAGGAUCUCUGCAAGAUGAACCACCAAUUCGUCACCAGCCACAGAACGCUGUACAUCUCUUUGCUGACCUCAGGUUCUACUGUUAAGAAAGUUGAGAAUGUACAAAAUGGGAGGUUUUCUCUCGUCUGGCCUUUAUAUGUCGCUUGCAGUGCCUCAGAGGUACCACAAGUACAAAGGAAUUGGAUACGCAAGCAGCUUCAAUAUCUUGCACAAGGUGGUGUUCCUAUUGCUAAGACGGUCUGCAACACGGAGAGCCAGAUACUCCUUGGCAGACCUGAGGUGUUUCAUUUUGGCUGCGUAUGA